CCUCGCUGUCGCCCCGUUCGCAUUCACAGGUUGUGGACACCUGGGCUGCUCUCCCCGAUUCCUAGGCUCCCGCCCCUGGGUGUCUUCCCCCAGUGCCAGCCUGGUCAGCCCCUAAUAUCAGCCCCGCGUGGGCCGAAAUUGUGGGCGAUGGCGGUGACGAUGCUGCAGGACUGGUGCAGGUGGAUGGGCGUCAACGCUCGCAGGGGCCUGCUCAUCCUGGGCAUCCCGGAGGACUGUGAUGAAGCUGAAUUCCAAGAGUCCUUGGAGGCUGCCCUGUGGCCUAUGGGCCACUUUACCGUGCUGGGCAAAGUGUUUCGCGAGGAGGAUAACGCCACUGCGGCCCUGGUCGAGCUCGACCGGGAAGUCAACUAUGCUUUGGUCCCUAGGGAAAUCCCAGGCACCGGGGGCCCCUGGAACGUGGUCUUUGUGCCCCGUUGCUCAGGCGAGGAGUUUCUCGGUCGCGUGCUCCACUUCCUGGAGCAACAGGGGCAGACAGUGGAAAGCGUGGCCGGUGCGCUGGGUCUGGGGCUGCGCAGGGUGUGCUGGCUCCGAUCUGUCAGUCAGGCGAUCCAGCCCUGGGUGGAAACCGUGAGAUACCAGCGCCUGGGCCUGUUUUCUGGGAGGGACCAGCCAGCCCCUGGGGAGGAGUCCUUUGAGGCCUGGCUAGACCACACCACUGACAUGCUGCAUGUGUGGCAGGGGGUCUCUGAAAGGGAGAGGAGGAGGAGGCUGAUCGAAGGCUUGAGAGGGACUGCCCUGCAGCUCGUGCAUGGGCUCCUGGCGGAGAAUCCGGCCAGGACUGCGCAGGACUGCCUGGCGGCCCUGAUACAGGUAUUUGGAGACAACGAGUCCCAGGCCACCAUCCGGGUGAAGUGUUUGACUGCUCAGCAGCGGUCAGGCGAGCGUCUCUCCACCUUUGUGUUGCGGCUGGAAGUCCUGUUGCAGAAAGCCAUCGAGAAGGGGGCCCUGGCCAGGGCCUCUGCUGACCACGUGCGCCUGAGGCAGGUGCUCACCAGGGCCAACCUGAUCGAGCCUCUGGAUGAAGCCCUGAGGAAGCUGAGAAUGGUUGGGAGGUCUCCCACAUUCCUGGAAAUGCUGGGGCUAGUUCGUGAGUCUGAGGCAUGGGAGGCCAGUCUAGCCGGGAGCGUGAGGGCCCCGGCAGAGGAAGGGGCUGGUGCCCCCGCUGAUGCCCAGGCAGAUGCCAGGGCCAGUGCUAAUGCAGAGGAUGAGAAGGUGGAGAAGGAGGAAGAGGAGGUGGACCAGCAGCAGCAGGAAGAGGUGGUGGUGGAGGAGGAGCAGGAGGAGGAGGAGGAGGAGGAGGAGGGGCAAAGGGAAGACCAAGGCAAUGAUCAUGCUCCUGUGGGCCCAGGCCAGGCAGGACCCACUGAGGCCCCAGGAGGCCCUGCCCCAGCUCAGAUGGGCAGUGCUUCUGAUGCCAGCCCAGGAGGGCCUGGUUGUGGGCCAGAGAGCCUGGCCCAGGCAGAAGAGCAGGAAGCUGAGGAGCCCGUGCUGGAGGGGCUCAAGGACAUCCCAGAGGAGUCAGGAAAUGAGGAUGGGGCUGGGGAGACUGGCCACCCCGAGUCUGCCCCAGGUGAAUAGGCUCAGAAGACCCAGGGGCUCCUCUCCUCUCAGGCAGCAGAGCCUUGGAGGGAGGGGCAGGACUCGCGCCAGGGCCUACCGUCACCCCACAUCAGGAGCAGGGCCCAGGGAAGGGCUCACCCUGCCCAAACCAAGCCCCUGGAUCCCCCCAGCUUCCCAAAGGGGCCAUGGCCACCACCGCCACCAGACUUUUCCAGUGACCCCAAAGACCAUAUUUUCCACCAGAUGGAGCGAGGAGAGGUGCCCCUCCUCAUGGAAGCCCCAAACCCAAACCCUGCCAGUCUAGGGCUGCAGGCCUGAAAGUGGGGAGAGGGGCUGAGGUCACCUGCCACCUGCACCGGACUGGGAGACGUCGGGGAAGAGAGUCCAUCUCAAGGGUGCCAGCUGCCUGGCUCUCCCAACAGGCAAAACCCCAACCCGAUUCACCGUCCCCGGGGCAGGGUGCUCCUGUCCCUGUCCCUGGAGGCCCACCUUGUCUGUAAGCCCCAUAGUGACCCACCUCAAGCAAACGCCCACCCCCACGCUAGCCACCGUUCCUGUGCAAAGCCGUGAGGUGUGUGUCAACCCCGGGCAGAGGACUGUGCCCUCGCGGCCGGCCACCUCCAGGCCCGGGCACGUGCCGUGAGCUUCCGGGCGAGCCAAGGCUCUGCUCGCUCCUGUCCAGUGUCGUGAGCUCAACCUCUGCUUUCUCAGUGUAGAUCUAGGCCAGCUGCCUGCCUGCCGCUUGUUCUCGUGGAGAUGUGUGUGUGUGUGUGUGUGUGUGUGUGUGUGUGUGUGUGUCUGUGUUCUUAUCUGAGCAGCUCCUCCCAGGAGGCCCUGAGCCCAGUCCCCAGGAGUCGGAGGCGGGAGCCGGCGCGAAGGAUGGACGGCUAGGGCGUGGUGGACGCUCACCCCCUCGGUGAUCAAGACCGCGGCCUCACCUCGGGCAGGAAGCACUGGACCUUAGAUGGAGGGGCAGGGCCAGGGACUGUGCUUGGACGUUCCACCCCCGUUGUUCCUUGUGACUCAGUUUCCUUGGCUUGGGGGGAGGGUGUUCCCUGUUAUGCUUUCCACUGUCCUGUGACCGUUCUGUGCCAGCCAUAGGGCAAGGGCCACCCCACAGCAAGUCAGCCCCUCAGGGAGCUCCCGGAAUGGAAGUGAGUGUUCAAUUGCCAGAGGCCAUUGUCCUGGCAAGAGGCAGUUCUGGGGUCCUCAGAAAGGGAGACUGUGGUGGGAGGACCCCAGCGUGGAGACAGAGGCGGCUCUUCGUCUGCAGCCCCAGGAGGGGGAGGCCCGGGACCUGUGGCCUCGAGUGGUCAUGAAGAGUCCCUUUAGGUGUUGUCAGCCCUUCUCUUCAAUGGUUCAGUGUUUCUGUUUAAUAAAUUUUGUGAAAUGUUCCA